AUGAUGGAUAUGGUCAUGCACAUGAGCUUCUACUGGGGCAAAGAUGUCAUUGUUCUCUUCCAAGGUUGGCCUAAUGACAGCCUUGGCAUGUACAUACUGGCUCUCCUUUUUGUCUUCCUGCUUGCUGCAGCCACCGAGGUGUUGUCGAUCUCACCCACGGUCAAGCCAGGGAAAAGCCCGAUGAUCAGCGGACUCACUCAGGCCAUCGUCCAUGCUCUUCGCAUGGGUCUGGCUUACAUGGUCAUGCUAUCUGUCAUGUCCUUCAACCUUGGAAUCUUCAUAGUCGCCGUGGUCGGCCACACCGUUGGAUUCUUUUUCGUCAAGUGGCGGGCACUGGCUGAGGCCACAACAGACACCACUCCUAAAUUUUGA